AUGAAAAGUGAAGCUGAAUUUGACAAGGCUGAUUUGUGUUUUGCUAGCAAUAUUGAAACAAAUAUAUUUGAGAAAAUUCUGACUUCUAAUAGGCAACUACUUUUAAAAGAAAGUGUUAAUUUGAUGGAUUCUGAGGCUGAAACUGAUCUAACUGAUUCAGAAAAGGAUUUAUAUCUCUUGGUUAAAGAAAAAAUACAAGUAUUAACUAAUGAAAGUUGGCUUGACAAACAUGAUAUAAUUGGUGAGCAUUUGUAUCCAAUGAGCGAUAAUAUUCAAAUGACUGCACCACAAUAUCAUUAUCUUAUAUCUGAAAUACGGGAUGAUAUUGAACUUCUAGCUGCUAGUGGUGUGUGUACUGGGGGAAUCGAUCAUCAUCUUGUAGAGCUUAUGUGGUUGCAUUCUAAACAAAUUGAUAUUUGGAGCCAUUUUUAUGAUGUUGUCUUUCUUGACACAACUUGUAGAAUGAAUAGGUUUAAUAUAAUUAUGUGUGUUGUUGUCUGUGUUGAUAAUCAUAAUAGAUCAUGGCUUGUUGCAAUAGCCUUAAUUAUAGAUGAGCAAAAAAUUGCAUUUGAAUGGGUCUUGCAAGGAAUACUUAAAGCGACAGGUUGUAGACACAUUAGUUAUUGUACAGAAUUGGAGUCUGAGUUACAACAACAAGCUCAUGUUAAAAAUAUUGACAAACAGUAUACUAAAGUGGUCAUGAGCUUGAAUGUUGUCUUUAAGUUAUUUUCUAAUGAGUUGAAUCAUAAUACAUCUCAAAGCAUAUUUAGCGAAGAUUUGUAUAAUGAAAUGCUUAUUGAAUUAAUAGAACUUAUUGACGGUAUUAGUGAUAUUAAGGAACUUUGGAUAGUAACACGUAUUGAUCAACAGAAAUGCCAUUUUGUUGUUCUUUUGCAAAAUAGUACAAUUCAUGUUGGAAUUCUGGCAAAGCAUUGGUUUAAUGAUCGUGCUAUGCAAAAGCAUGAUUAUAACAAUGAAUGUUUUAUUAGUGAGAUAGAAGAGCAACUAGUAGAACAAGAAGGAUGUGCUUUACAAUUAGUUAAUAAGUAUAAUUAUAAAACAAUCAAUAAUUCAUUGAGACCACAAACAAAAGAACACAAAUGCCAAAAACAUAUAACAGCAUUUAAUAACAGUGCAUGA